UCUCUUACCGCUCGCGCUCUCUCGGUCUGUUGGUAAAACUCAACGUCCAAGCGAAUUCCCCACAGCUCCAAAGAUUGGCACAAUCCAUAUAGUUUUUCGUGAGCACCGUGCUCUGCUCAUUGCCCCAACAAUUUUCAACCGCGCCGCUUGUGUGUUCGUUUGCCGUUCGAGAAAUCCGAAAGAUAUCAACAAAAAGAUGGAUACUUGACGUAUUGCCACGAGAAAUAUUCCGAAACAAUGUUAUUUAUGUUCGGAACUGCUAAACGAUUUUUGGUUUAAUCGAAUAACAACGGAUUUUUACGUUUUCUUAGCUUAUUUUCGCAACGGUUACGGUUCUUUUGUUGUUGCAAACGCGGGCGUCGCAAACAACAAACAAGUGCAGUGAAGUUGUUGCUGUUGUUCGCUCCAGAACUGAAAAGUGAAGGAGGAAAUGUAUAGAAAAAGUGUGAGUGCGAAGGCAAAUCAUUUGAAGUGAAAAUCGCAGGGGAUUGGAAAUCGUCAGGCGAAAAUUCUUCUAUUUUUUUGCUGUUAUGAAUUCUAUGCAUAUGUUUGUGUUUGCGAAGAAAGAGCGAGAAUUCUCUGUCCGGAUAACGGAUCUUCGAUCUCUAUUGCGUGUGCUUGUGUGUGUGUUUAGCGUAGUGUUUUCGCAAUUUAAAAAUCAAUAAGAAUCGAGGGAAAAGCAUUAUGUAGUGUCUUUAAACUUUAACUGGGCAAAAAACGGAAAAGAAAAGAAAUGCAUUUGUUCGACAGCCACGUACACACAUUGUACCUGCACUCAGCCAUACAAACAAACAUACGUAUAUGUAUAUAGCGGCGGCAGCGACGCCGGCAGAAUCAAAGCAGAGCGCAAAUCGCAAUCCAACAAAAACAAAAGGAAAAAAACACCUUUUCCACCACGUUGAAAUUGUUAUUGUUUUUCGGCUUUCGGCUACUUCAACAUAAUAUUCAAUCGAAAUCAACACAUUACUCGCACCUUAUUAAAUCCACACAAACGUACAUACAUACAUAUGCAUAGCGAAAAGUGACUGACCAGUAAAAAAAAGUAAAGAAAAAGACGACUGCGAUAACCAAUCAAUAGAAAAUAAAAAACCCGUCGGCACGUGUGUUAAACAAAUUCAAUUUCAUUGUGCAAUAUAAUAAUAGUUUUGUUUCCCCUGCAGUCAAUGUAAUAUACAAAAUAUCAAGUGAACUUCUAAACAUAUCACAUACACAAAUACAUAUCAUCUAUAAUUAAUAAUAUAUUAAAAAAUCAAAGGAUAAAACGGAUAUCGCUGGUAAAACAUUUGUGAAACAAGUGCACACCACUGGACAAUACAUAUCAAACCCGUCGAAAGCAUAUCAAAGCCAACGAGUGAUACGAGGAGUAUAAAAGAGUUCCCAAUAAGUUCCCGAAAAAUUUCCUGGACCCCUCGUUUCCUUCGCGAGUAACCCAAGUUCCCAGAUACUACCCACCCGUAGAAACGAACAGAAACUGAGUUAAACUACCGUGACUAGCCGGCCCCGUAGAGUCCGCUUAACAAGUUAGUCAACUACAAAUAAUGCGCAUACAAUAGGAUCGAUGUUACCGCAAAACUGUAUGUCCCUCCAUGAUAUUCCCACGCGAAAAGAAGAAAGAUCUAUGGCGUUAUGCGUCCAGAAUCAAUCCGUGUCCGAGCGAUGGGAUGCCAACAUCACCCCCCAUCCAGCCGCCGCCGCCGUACAGUUCGAUGUCCUGCGCUAUAUCCUGCACCGGCUCGGCCUCCCAGGUCGAAACCCUCUACAACAACAACAACAACAGCCACCCGUACCGCCGCCUGCCAAACCACAAGGAUACGCUUUCGCCGCCUCCGCCAGCAUCCGACCACUGGUGCACCGCUCCUUGUUGCAAUUGCGCAGGCUCCGGCGACCACAUGUUGAUCGAUGGAAACGAUCAGGAACGGAAUCCGGAACGUGUACAGGUUCAGCAAGUGGACCGGCGAAUGUUGAGUGCCACCACAUUUGCGACCAUGUUCCGGAAUUGUUGCGGCGGCUCCACGGAUUCCACCAACGGAUCCACACCCAAGAUUCCAACCAGAGCCAAUGCCACCCAUCAUCCACAAAACCAAAUCCAGAAUGGGAAACGGAUUCGCGAGGAUUUCGAUGCUCUGAUGAAGCAACUGAAACGCAAGCAGAUGGCCGAACUCCUGCUGGCAGUCAAGAGUCGAGUGGAUCCACCGGCCAACACGCCACGGGAUGUCUUGGCCACCACCGCACCCACCUAUCUGCAGUGCAUAUUGAUACAAUGUACGACGGAAACGGAUCAGGAGCAACACGUGACCGCCAGCCGACUGUUUUUCUGGCCGGGAUUAAGAAGUGGCGAGGAGCUAAAGCGACUGCCCAUCUGUCCCGCCGCACGCGACUGCGUUUAUACGUGUUGCAAUCCGCUGCACUGGUACCGCAUCCUGCAACAGCCCGAAACAGAAGCCCAACCGCCGCCAUACCAACGCUCAAAAAUGCUGAGACUGAGAGAUGCAGAUUCCGAAGAAGACUCGCAGAACGAUGCAAAGUCGGCGGCGCUAAGCACGUGGAGUACCCAAAGCAGCAGCAUUUCGAGCAUCUUCAAGCCCGCUCUCUUCGAGUCGUUCACCACUGAUGGAAAAGAUCACAACAUCAACAGUAAGGUGUGGUGCCAAAUCGCCUACUGGGAGAUGGCCCACCGAGUCGGGGAGUUCUUUCAUGCCAGAACGAAAGCAGUCAAUAUCUACACGGAUGGGAUCGUAAGCAGUGAGGGGGAUAGCAUGUGCCUACGUGACCUUACUCCCGCAGGCAACCAGGUCCACUCGGAUUCGGUGCAAACGACGCGACAGAAGGUCGGAUUAGGUGUCACAUUAAGUCUGGAGAACGGCGAUGUUUGGAUCUACAACCGCGGAAAUAACCCCGUUUUUGUGGAUUCUCCCACAUUGGCUGAAAAUCUGGACCGCGUGUGCAAAGUGAUGCCCGGCUACUGUUUGAAGGCCUUUGAAACAUAUAGGGCUCAAGUGCUGAGCAUGAAGGAGCAAGGGCAUCACCAAAUGGGACCCGUCGAUUACUUCAGCAUAAAGAUCAGCUUCGCCAAAGGCUGGGGUCCCGCCUACAAAAGACAGGACAUCAUGGGCUGCCCCUGCUGGCUGGAGGUGCACUUUAGCCAUCUACGGUGACAGUACCUGCUGCAGGCCCUUUCGGUAGGACCUUAUCCGUCAUCCCAACACCGGGUAGAGCCAUUGGGUUGCGGAUGCGGUUGCGACCAAGUGAGCAGCUGGCGAUCACGCCAACUGCUACGAAAGGCGCAGAAAUUGCUGACCAGGCUGUGCAAACGGGUGUGCGCACUGACGGAUUAUCCUGCGACGAGGACGAGGUGGAGGUGUCUGGCGGGCAGGAGAUCAAGCCGCCAGUUAACCAUUAAACAACCAAUAAUUUGGAACAACAAAGGACUGCAAAAGAAAUCAUUUUAAAUGUUAAUAUCCAUAAUUACGAAACAAGUUUCAAUUACUGCUAGUAGACACAUCGAAAUUAAUUUUAACGCAUCUGAGUCGCAUUAAGUGAGAGAAGGAGGAGGAGUCGAGAACUCGGGUCAAGUCGGGGCGAAAUACAUAGUAAUUGAUUGUUAAAAAUACUUAGCAAAAAUUGAAAUCCUGUGAUUCACACUAUAUAUAUAUUAUAUACACAUGUAGAAUGUACCGACGCAUGGGGCUAGAGGUCCAUUGCCAGUAGCUAUAUGAUAUGUAUAAAUAUUUAACUUAUAUAUACAUACUUAACAGAAGGCACAUCAGGGUUAACAGUUUCGAGAAUGGCAGAUAGUCUAGUUACGAUACAACAUUCAGAAGCCACUACCUUUUCUAUGCGACGUUUUAAAAAAUAACCUAAGCCCAUAAUUUAUACCCCACCCAAACUGAAACCAAACAUCACUGAAAUACAAAUCUGUUCAGUAGAAUCUGCAUAGAUGAUCCUAGGUUAAAUGAUAAAUGAUACAAAAAACCCAAUUAACUAAAUUCAAUAAGGUUUUAGACUCUAGCGCAUUGGGAUUCAAUUUUUAAGAAAGCAUACGUCAUGCUCGAACAUUAUUUGUUUUAUGUUGAUAUUUUGACUGUUUUCGUUCUCAUAACAUACCCCAUUCAUUGUUUAAAUGUAUAAAUAGAUACGCACUAAGUUACUCACAGUAGCUAAGUACCAUUAAAUACUUUUAUUUAAAUCAAAAAUCAUCCUUCGUCUAUUCAUCUUUUACAAGCCCCAACUUCGGUUGCAUUUCCACCUGUAGGAAAUGCCACUUCGAGGAUUUGGUGUAGUAGUAAAAAAUCCGUGCGCUAGUUUGUUUUAACCUCUGUACCAAACAAAGAACCGUAUGUAGGCCAACCUAGAAUCCCAGCCUGGUAUUUCUUCUAAGAAUAAAUGCGAUCCACGUAAAACUAUUGUUACCAUUUUUCUCACUGUUAAAGAAAGACCGUGUUCAGUAAAGUCAUAAAGAAAAUAGCUACGUGAUUAUUGUAUGUAUAUUUUAAUUCCAAAAAAGCACUAUAAAAAAUAGUAACAAACUUGAAACGUACUCAUGAGCAAAGUUACUGGGAUGAUUUUAAAAAUUUCUCCGCAUGUAAAAUUACAUUUGUAAAGUGUUCUGUUCGUCAGGCAUAAAUACAUACGAUAGCUUCAAUAUGAUCAAAUAUUUAAUCAGUGCAGUUAUACUGUUAAGUUUAAAAGAUUGUAAUAAAAUUUCAAUAUAUUUACAAAAACAAUCCGGA